AUGGCCGACGUGGAGAUGAAGGAAGCCACUGCCGGAGCCUCGUCCAAGGCUAAGGGCUCGUCCAAGGCCGCAGAAGGCGCCAGCGAAGGCAAGAAGAGAUUCGAAGUAAAAAAGUGGAACGCCGUUGCUCUGUGGGCAUGGGAUAUUGUCGUCGACAACUGUGCGAUCUGCCGCAAUCACAUCAUGGAUCUAUGCAUUGAAUGUCAGGCAAACCAGGGUUCAUCUACAACCGAGGAGUGUACUGUGGCCUGGGGAAUUUGCAACCAUGCUUUCCACUUCCACUGCAUAUCACGAUGGUUGAAGACUCGCCAGGUCUGCCCCUUGGAUAACAGAGACUGGGAGUUCCAGAAGUACGGUCGGUAA